AUGGAAUCGAUAUUAAAUUUUCGUGAUGUUACUGAAAGUUUUAACGAAUUUGAUAAUAUUUAUAAUAAAAAACCUUCAAAUGAAGAAGAAAAUCUACUGGCAAAAAAUUAUCCAUUGGUGAAAGGCACUAAUAAUGAUGAUGAUGUUUCAAGAUAUGAAUAUGAUCACAAAACGAUAAAUGUUAAUUUUGCAACGAGAAAACUUCAAAUGGCAAUCAUUAGUAGAGCUCCAUGGAAUAUUCAACUUAAAACCUUUCUAUAUUUCGCAUUUUGUCAAAAACAUCAGGCUAUUAAAUUAAUGGGAGAACUUUUGGCUCCAAAUGGAUUACACGGAAUGUAUAUUGAUCUUGUAAAGAAUUGUCAUGAAAUAAUUAUUGAGAUCCUUGAAGCAUUAACAGAUAAAUCAAAUUUACCUGUAUUGAUUCAUUGUAAACAUGGUAAAGAUCGUACAGGAAUAGUAAUUGCAAUUAUCUUAUCAUUACUUGGCAUUCCAGAUGAACUUAUCAUCAAAGAUUAUUUAUCAUCACUAAAACAUUUACAACCUAUUCAAUCUAAAAUCGUAAAAGAUCUUAGAAGAAUGGGUUUACCUGAAGAAUUCUCACUGGUAAACUAUGAGGCAAUGAAAUAUUUUUUAGAUUAUGUUAAAGAUGAAUAUAGUUCAACGUCGAACUAUUUAAUAAAACAUGGAUUUUCACUAGAAAAACAAAAUUUAAUUAUACAAAAUUUAACUAAUUGA